AUCCAACUCGUACGAGUUGGUUUAACAAGUACCUGGUGGUUUAAUCUAACUACUACCUGCUGGUUUAACUAGUACUUGAUGGUUUACUCUAACUAGUACCUGUUGGUUUAACUAGUGCUUGAUGGUUUAUUCUAACUCAUACCUGGUGGUUUAACUAGUACCUGGUGGUUUAAUCCAACUCGUACCUGGUGGUUUAAUCUAACUAGUACAUGCUGGUUUAACUAGUACUUGAUGGUUUAAACUAACUCGUACCUGCUGGUUUAAUGUAACCAACUAGUGACUACUGCAUCAACCUUUCACAUCCAGACUAUUAAUAGGACCAUGGAGUUGUUUGCUCAGAGAUGCUGCUGAGUUGCUGCAUUUUCCAGGCAUUAGUCACCACCGCAGCGUCGCUGCUGCAGCCAAGAUCCACUCUGGCUCCACGAGCUUCUCGGUCAGCACUUUGUUUUUUUUUUUUUUUUUUUUUUGUUCUGAACUCUGAAACCUGAUGCUGGAGGAGAAGCUGCAGUUUGGAUCCGUGAGAAGCAAAAGGCCAGAGAGGUUCUGCUGCCUGGAAACAAUCAGAGAUUUGGCUGCUUUCUGUAAGAUGAAACUCCUGAUGGUUGCCUAGGUUGUGAUGGAUUUCAAAGGGGAUGUUUUAUGCAAAAAUCCCGUUUGCGCCGCCAUGUGGGUCUCUACUGCCUCUUUAAAUACUCAGAAAGCAGUUUGUUUUCUGUCUGUGGUUGAUCUUCGGAAUUUUCUGCCUAAAACGGCUCCUGAAGCGGAUCAUUCUGGAAGGGACUAAAAAUGUCAAGACUAAAACUGCUGAGAUGGCUUGAUCUGAGACGACAGACCUGAUUUAAUGAUAAACAGCCUUCACUUGUGUAGUGCCUUUCAGAGUCAGAGUAUCAUUCACCCAUUCACACACACAUUCACACCCUGGUGGUGAUGAGCUAUGAUGUAGCCACAGCUGCCCUGGGGCAAGCUAACAGAGGUGAGGCUGCUGAGCACAGGUGCCACCGGUCCCUCUGACCCCCACCAGCAGCAAGACGUACAUUGGCUCCAUCCUGGCGGCAGUGAACCCCUACCAGUCCCUGCCCGGCCUCUACGACCGACCCACAGUAGAGCUCUACAGCCGCCACCACCUCGGGGAGAUCGCCCCCCACAUCUUUGCCAUCGCUAACGAAUGCUACCGCUCACUGUGGAAGAGGCUGCAGAACCAGUGCGUCCUGAUCAGUGGAGAAAGUGGAGCUGGUAAAACCGAAAGCACCAAGCUGAUCCUGAGAUUCCUGUCGGCCAUGAGCCAGCAUUCCCUGAAGGUUUCCUGCAGAGACCAGACCUCACAUGUGGAGGAGGCGCUGCUGGAGAGCAGUCCCAUCAUGGAGGCCUUCGGAAAUGCCAAGACGGUCUACAACAACAACUCGAGCCGCUUUGGGAAGUUUGUCCAGCUGCACUUCAGCCAGAAGGGAAACAUCCAGGGGGGCAGGAUUGUGGACUAUCUCCUAGAAAAAAACCGGGUUGUGCGUCAGAACCCAGGAGAGAGAAACUAUCACAUAUUCUAUGCCAUAUUAGCCGGAGCCAACUGGCAGCAGAGAGAGUCGUUCGGGUUGACCCAGCCUGAGAACUACCACUACCUGAGACAGUCCAGCUGCCUCGGCGACAGGACGAUCAAUGAUGAGGGAACUUUCCAGGAUGUUCUGAACGCCAUGCGGACUAUGCAGUUCUCCGAGGAAAACAUCAGUGAGGUCCUUCGCCUCCUGGCCGGGAUUCUUCAUGCGGGCAACAUCGAGUUCAUGACGGCGGGGGGGGCGCAGGUCUCGCACAAAUCAGCUCUCAGCUGGACGUCAGAACUUCUGGGUCUAAACUCGGAGCAGCUGGCAGAAGUUCUGACCCACCGGUCCAUGAUCCUCAGGGGGGAGGAGAUCUCCACUCCACUCACUGUUGAACAGGCGGUGGAUUCCCGGGACUCCAUGUCCAUGGCUCUUUACUCCCAGUGUUUCAACUGGAUCAUCCAUCAGCUCAACAACCGAAUCCGAGGAAAAGAGGACUUCAAAUCCAUCAGCAUCCUGGACAUCUUUGGUUUUGAGAACUUUGAGGUUAAUCGCUUCGAGCAGUUCAACAUCAACUAUGCAAACGAGAAGCUGCAGGAAUAUUUUAACAAGCACAUUUUCUCUCUGGAGCAACUUGAAUACAACAAAGAGGGUCUGGUGUGGGAGGACAUCGACUGGAUGGAUAACGGAGAGUGUCUGGAUCUGAUUGAGAAGAAACUGGGUCUCCUGGCGCUGGUGAACGAGGAGAGUCACUUUCCCAAAGCAACAGAUGGAACGUUACUGGAGAAGCUUCACAGUCAGCACUCGAAAAACCCGUUCUACGUGAAGCCUCGUGUGGCGGUGCACUACUUUGGUGUCAGACAUUAUGCAGGAGAGGUAGUGUAUGAUGUAAGGGGCAUCCUGGAGAAGAACAGGGACACGUUCAGAGACGACAUCCUCAACAUGCUGCGGGAGAGCAGGUUGGACUUCGUCUACGAUCUGUUUGAGCACGUGGUGAGUCGGAACAAGCAGGACACGCUGAAGAGCAGCUUCAAACACCGACGACCAACAGUCAGCUCCCAGUUCAAGGACUCACUCCACUCUCUGAUGGCGACACUCAGCACCUCUAACCCGUACUUCAUACGAUGCAUCAAACCAAACACACACAAGAUGCCCGACCAGUUCGACCAGACGGUGGUUCUAAACCAGCUCCGAUAUUCCGGCAUGUUGGAGACGGUGAAAAUCCGACGUACCGGCUUCCCGGUCCGGAGAUUGUUCCAGGACUUCUGCUGCAGGUACAAGGUGCUGAUGGGAGCCGCGGUGGCCUCAGAUGACCCCAGGGGGCGCUGCAGAGAGCUGCUGCAAGUCUACGACAGCAGCGGAGUGGAGUGGCAGCUGGGAAAGACCAAGGUUUUCCUGCGGGAGUCUCUGGAGCAGCGCCUGGAGAAGCAGAGGGAGGUGGAGGUUCUGAAAGCAGCCAUGAUCAUCCAGGCCCACGUCCUGGGCUUCGUGGCCAGGAAGCAGUACAGGAAGCUGCUGCAGUGCAUCGUGGUCAUUCAGAAGAAUUACCGGGCGUUCUACUGGAGGAGGAGGUUCCUGCUGCUCCGCUGGGCGGCGCUCACCUUCCAGAAACACCUCCGGGGUCAGCUGGCCCGCCGGACCUUCAGCCGGCUUCUGGAGGAGAGGAGGGAGAAGGAGGAGAAGGAGCGCCGCAGGAAGAAGGAGGUGGAGGAGGAGAUGGAGAGGGAGAGACGGAGGCUGGAGGAGGAGCGACUCGCCAAGGAGGUGGAGGAAACCAGAAGGUUGGAGGAGGUGCGGCGUGCUGAGGAGCUGGCGGCUCUGGCCCAGCUCCAGGCAGCAGCUGCGUCUUCAUCUGGACUCCUGAAGGAGGCGCGGUCAGCAGAUGUCUCUGAGGAGGAGACGAUCCGUCCACACGAGGCGUCUCAGGUGGAGGAGAUCCUGCGUUUGGAGCGGGAGAUCCAGGCGCUGCAGAGGCAGAAGGAGCAACAGGAGCUCUCCCUGACUGAGGCCUCCCUCCACCGCCUGCAGCUCCUCCGUGACCAGGAGCUGCGGCGGCUGGAGGACGAAGCCUGCAAGGCGGCGCAGCAGUUCCUGGAGUCGCUGAACUUUGAUGAGAUUGAUGAGUGCGUGCGGAACAUCGAGAGCUCUUUAGGAGUAGGAGAGGAGGAGAAGGAGAGCAGGCGGAGGAGAGGCAGUGAGGAGGAGGAGGUGGAUGAAGGGUUUGGAGCUGACGACGAGGCGUUCAAAGACUCGCCGAACCCGAGCGAGCAUGGCCACUCUGACGGGCAGCGGACCAGCGGGAUCCGGACGAGUGAUGACUCGUCUGAGGAAGAUCCGUACGCCAACGACGGCGUGAUCCCACCGCUGCCAUCAUCCGGCCUGCUCCUCCAACCGCUUCCUCCUGUUCCUCCAGCCUGCCACAGCGUCUCCUCCAGCGCAGACUCCGCCUACUGCCAGCCUCAGACCUCCUCCGAGGCUCAGUCCGAUGACCUGGUGGAGCUGAUCCCUCCAGACGAGGACUCGGACUAUGAUCAGGACGACUACGAUGAGGGCGCCAUCGUCUCCAGCGGCAGCGUGGCCUUCUCCGCCUCUCUGAGUGGUCAGUGGUCUCCAGACUACCGAGGAUCUGUAGGAACCUACAGCAGCUCCGGGGCGUACCGCUUCAGCUCCGAGGGACCUCAGUCCUCUUUUGAGGACAGUGAGGAUGACUUUGACCGGUUCGACAACGACGAUGAGCUGUCAUACCGGCGCGACUCCGUCUACAGCUGCGUCACGCUGCCGUACUUCCACAGCUUCCUCUUCAUCAAAGGCAGCCUGAUGAACACGUGGAAGCGGCGAUGGUGCGUUCUGAAGGACGAGACCUUCCUGUGGUUCCGCGCCAAGCAGGAGGCGCUGAAGCAGGGCUGGCUGCACAAGAAGGGGGGGGGCUCCUCCACGCUGUCCCGCCGCAACUGGAAGCGCCGCUGGUUCGUGCUGCGGCAGAGCCGGCUCAUGUACUUUGAGAACGACAGUGAGGAGAAGAUGAAGGGCGUGCUGGACAUGCACGACGCCAAAGAAAUCAUCGAUAACACAGGGAAGGAGAACGGGAUCGACAUCGUGAUGCUAGAGAGGACCUACCACCUGAUAGCUGAGUCAGCAGAGGAUGCCAGCCAGUGGUUCAGUGUGCUGAGUCAGGUCCACGGCUCCACGGAGCAGGAGAUCAGCGAGAUGCACGACGAGCAGGCCAACCCCCAGAACGCUGUGGGAACUUUGGAUGUGGGAAUGAUCGAUUCCGUUUGUGCAUCAGAUAAUCCUGAAAGACCGAACUCCUUUGUUCUGAUCACGGCGAACCGCAUGCUGCACUGCAACGCCGACACGCCCGAGGAGAUGCACCACUGGAUCACUCUGCUGCAGCGCUCCAAAGGAGACGCCCGCGUCGACGGGCAGGAGUUCAUCAUCAGAGGAUGGCUCCAUAAAGAGAUGAAAAACAGCUCCAGAGCUUCCCUGAAGCUGAAGAAGCGCUGGUUCCUGCUUACCCACAAUUCCCUGGACUACUACAAGAGCUCUGAGCGGAACGCCUUGAAGCUGGGAACACUGGUGCUAAACAGCCUCUGCUCGGUGGUGCAGCCGGACGAAAAGGUCUUCAGAGAAAGCGGGUACUGGAACAUGAUCAUCUAUGGCCGUAAGCACGCAUACCGGCUCUACUGUAAGCUGCUGACUGAAGCUACACGCUGGGCAACCUCCAUCCAGAACGUCAUCGACUCCAAAGCUCCCAUCGACACGCCCACCAAGCAGCUCAUCCAGGAUAUUCGGGAGAACUGUCUGAACUCAGAGGUGGUGGAGCAGAUCUACAAGAGGAACCCCAUCCUGCGCUACAGCCACCACCCGCUGCACUCACCGCUGCUGCCGCUUCCCUACGGAGACAUCCACCUAACUGCCUCUAAGAGCAGACACUACACGACUCUGCAGGAUGAAGCCCUGAAGAUGUUCAGCUCUCUGCAGCACCUGGACGGUGUGACCGAUCCCGUUCCCAUUAUCCAGGGAUUCCUGCAGACCGGCCAGGAGCUCCGAGCGCUCCGAGACGAGCUCUACUGCCAGCUGAUCAAACAAACCACCCGGCCGCCUCAACCCAGCGGUCCCGGGAACCUCUGCUGCUGGAAGAUCCUGGCCUGCAUGUCCUGCACCUUCGUCCCCUCCCGGAGCAUCCUCCGAUACCUGAAGUUCCACCUGAAGAGGAUCCGUGAGCUCUUCCCCAGCUCAGAGAUGGACCAAUACGCCGCCUUCGCCUUUGACUCCUUAAAGAAGACUCGAUCCAGGGAAAAUGUUCCGUCGCAGGAGGAGAUCCGGUCCAUCAUAGCCCAGCAGGACAUGAGCACCACGGUUCACUGCCACGGAGGAGGAUCCUGCAAGAUCACCAUCAACUCCCACACCACGGCAGGAGAGGUGGUGGAGAAGCUGAUCCGAGGUCUGGCCAUGGAGGACAGCAGGAACAUGUUCGCUCUGUUCGAACACCACCACAGCUCGGAGAAGGCCAUCGAGAGCCGCGCGGUGGUGGCCGACGUGCUCGCUAAGUUUGAAAAAAUGUCGGCAAAUGCAGACGAGAGCGGCACCGGCUGGAAGCUCUACUUCAAACUCUACUGCUUCCUGGACACGGAGAGUGUUCCCAAGGACAGCGUGGAGUUCGCCUUCAUGUUCGAGCAGGCCCACGAGGCGGUGAUUCGAGGACACUAUCCGGCUCCAGAGGAGACGCUCCAGUUCUUAGCUGCUCUGAGACUCCAGUACCUCCUGGGUGACCAGAAUUCCCAGGCCAACACCCCGGAGUUGUCCCAGGUCUUCCCUAUGAGCCGACUUCGGGCUCGAGUGCAGAACUCUGCCAAAACUUUCACGCCGACCUCCGGCUCUGUUGCCGAGCGUUCCGGGACGUCAGAGAGGAAACGCUCCAGCUUCCUGGAGGGAACGCUGAGACGGAGCUUCAGGAGUGGCUCGCUGAGUCGGCAGAAACUGGAGGAGGAAAACAGCCUGGAGGUGUGGAUGAGGGAGGAGUUGGCGGCGGUGAAAACCAGUGUGAUGGAGAAGUGGAGGAAGCUUCAGGGGAUGAAGCAGGAGCAGGCCAUGGUGAAGUACAUGGAUCUGGUGAGGGAGUGGCACGGAUACGGAUCCACACUCUUCAACGUCGAGAGUCGGGAUGGAGCGUUCCCAUCGGAGCUUUGGUUGGGCGUCUGCAGAGAGUCCAUCUCCGUGUACAAGCGGGGGGAGGCGUGGCCAAUGGAGGUUUUCCCCUACGAACAGAUCCUUUCCUUCGGAGCGCCGCUUCCCAAUGCCUACAAGAUCACGGUGGAGGGACGGGAUCUGGUCUUCGAGACCCAGAUGGUCAUGGACAUCGCUAAGCUCAUGAAGGCCUACAUCAGCAUGAUCGUGAAGAAGCGCUACAGCAACAGUCAGUCGGUCAGCAGCCAUGGGAGCCAGAGCAGCGCCUGGUGAUCUCCCACAGGGUCAAAGGUCGGAGCCAGAACCACCAUCGGGUUCCAAACCGCUGUGCCUUUGUUCUCCGUGUUUCUCCACACUCUGCUCUCAGAACAAAGACAGGAACUUUCAGCAGCGGUCGCGUCUGAACCGGAGGAGGUCGGAGGGCCGGGACCAGACCUCAAUCCAGAUGUGGUUUUACGUCUGGGAGUCGGUGGAUUUAAUCACCUACCUGAACUCAUUCAGACUCAGAUUUACCAAAGAAAAUCAACUGAAGGUUCCGGUUUAUGUGAGACGGAGACGAGUUUGGGUUAGUUUAGGGUCACAAGAGGCCGCUGAGCCCGAACGCCACUCCGAACACACGCCUCGUUCACCCGGAGCCACGCCAUUGGCUGCUCUCCUCGGUGCCUCGUUGUAUAUUCUGUACACACUGUUGGUUUUAUAUGUGCAAUGUUAUAUAAAUAUAAUAAUUAUAAACUUUAUAAUCAGGUUUGUACAUUUCCUGUGACUUAACUCGUUUUAGUUUUGAUCCGACAAUAAAAAAGGUUCAGAUAUCA